AUGGAUAGUCCUGAUACUCCGAGUCCCGGAACGUCUCAACAGACUAGUGGAUCCCGCCCCUGGACUAUCACUUCCCGUCCCUCUGAAGAUUCUGACCACUCGGUUACCUCGUUCAGAGUCGACGCUUGUCGUAGAUGGGUCGAAGCCAAUAUCAAUCGCUCCUUUUGGUCGCCCGAAUUUGUGUCCGGCGGUCGCUCAACUUCAGUUGAUGGCGGUUUCAAACGCUAUGCCUUUCGUUCUGCGACACUAUCCACGGAGGCCGAGAGAUCGUCUCGAGGCUCUUCCCGUAGAUCCAGCAGAUCAUGUCCCAGAUUCUCGUCUGGUGUUCGUGGCCGGGAUGUGGGGCCAUCUGCUGGCGUCGUGUAUGUGGACGAACCUCACGCCCGGAAACCUCCAGCUGCGGCUCCGGCUCCACGGCACCCCCCACCGAGACCGAUUGCUGCUUUGGACGCGAUUGUGCCUGUCUCCACACAGACGGCCCCUUCCCGCAGGAUGGCGUUGCCCAUCCCGAUGACCCCACAACUAUGCGUGGACACUGCAGCCACAAUGCCACCCAGUCCGCAGGAAACAUCGAGCAUGUCAUUUGCUGCAACGCGAGCGUCUCCGCGCGAGAUGCACGCUCAAACUACCUAUUCUCCUGUUCUCGAGGGACGAGGGGCAUUAGCGCUCUACUCUUCAAGACCUUCGAGAGGGAUGGUACACCGGGGCCUGCACACUCUACAGGCUGAAGACGCGGUGUUGCCGCCCGAUGCCGAUGUGCUUCGUGAGAUACAGAGGAUGUUACUGACUGGGAGUUUAGGCGAGUCGUCUCAUCGUGCCUUCGAUCCUCAUAGCCUCGAUGCCCUGAGGUACCAUGCGCGCACUGUUACUUCCGGUCGCAGCCAGAGCGAAUCGCUAGCUUCAAACAAUCCACACGAUGCACAUGAUACCUUGGCCGACAUGGUGGUAUUGCUGCAUUCGCAGUCCCUCAUGGACAGAACUUCCGUCUUUUCUAACAUAGCUCCAGAACAGUAG